UAUUACUAUCCCUUCAGGUGUCCUGCCCAAAAUCCGGGUAGGCGACAGCCGGAGGUAAACAAGCUUUCCUUUGCCGACGCGUUUCGACGCUUGCACCCAGGGCCCCCUAAGUGUUUGAAGCCAUUAUAAUACGUCGUUCCGUUUCUAUCAAGUAUGGCGGAGUUUGAAGACUUGACGGGUGAUGGAUGCGAGGAUGUUGCAGCCGCUGAGUCGCCGCUUGAGACUCAGCUUGCGGAAGUAGAAUCAGAGCUUGGCGAGGUCAAGUCCCAGCUUGAGUACCUGAUGCAGCAGCAAGACCACCUUCGGGCCAAGCGGGACCAGCUGUUGCGGCGUAUCGAGCAAGAGAGGCGUGCGCCAAAGGCUGACUGGCAACAGGACUCCUUUCCGUGGAGUUCCAAGCUCAGCCAGACGCUGCACGACGUGUUUGGCCUGCAUGAGUUCAGGCCGCUCCAGCGCGAGGUGAUGAACGCUACUCUCCAAGGCCGCGACGUGCUGUGCCUGCUGCCCAGCGGCGGCGGCAAGAGCCUGUGCUACCAGCUGCCGGCGCUGGUUGGCUCAGGGUUGACGCUGGUGGUGUCACCGCUGCUGUCGCUCAUCCAAGACCAGGUGCUCUCCCUGAAGGCGCUGGGCAUCAGCGGCGGCUGCCUGACGAGCCUCAGCAGCAAGGAAGACACGGCGGCGGUGUACGGCAAGAUGGACAAGGGCGAGCUCAAGCUGCUGUACGUGACGCCGGAAAAGAUUGUUUCGUCAAAGCGCUUCAUGAGCAAGCUGGAGAAGGUGCACCAGGCGGGCCGCUUGGACCGCAUCGCCAUCGACGAGGCCCAUUGCGCCAGCUCCUGGGGCAACGACUUCCGACCGGACUACAAGAAGCUGGGCAUUCUCAAGCAGCAGUUCCCAGCGGUGCCCAUCAUAGCGCUCACCGCCACCGCCACGCACCAGGUGUGCGAGGACCUCAAGUCCAUCCUGCGCAUCCAGGGCUGCGAAUUCUUCCGCGCCUCCGUCAACCGGCC